AUGGAGAGUAGAAAACGCAAGGCGGAUGAUGAGCUGGAUCCCAGCACGGGUGAUGUUGGCAGAGUGCCUGAGGUCGAUCCUAGUAUUACGGACAGCGUGCCUAAAGUUCAACCCACUACUGCUGGCAGCGUCCCGGGGGCCGGACCCAUCACGGCUGACAGCAUUUCCAAAGUCGAUCCCGCCAUGGCCGCUUACAUUGAGAAGAGACGCAGAGAGAAGGAUGAGUGGCUGGAACGGCAGGGAAACGCACUGUGGAAGAACUACUGGACCGUGAGGGAACAACAGCUCUCUAAGCCAUUUGGGCCACGGCCGAGCUAUCCACAGGUGAUCGAGGUUUGGCAACGUGAUGAGGUAAUAUAG